AUGAAUGAAAAAAAUUCUUGUAAACAGGAUUCAAUAAAUUUUAUAGUAAAUGAAGAAGAUGAGUUUUUAAACAUAUUUAAUUAUAAGAAUGUAAAAUGUUUUAAAUCACCUCACUACAUUUAUAUAGGACAAAUUAAAAAAGACAGUGAAAGUUUUUCAGGAAGGGAAAAUAUUUCUGAUGAUAUUUACAAAAAAAAUGAUGAUACAAAAAAAGAUAGUACUAAAGAAUAUAUAUCUCAUAAAGAAAAAGUAGAUAAAAAAAAAAAAAAAAAGAAUAUUAAAUUUAUAAAGGAAGGAUAUGGAAUUUUAUUAAGUUUAAGAAAAAAUAUUUAUGAUGAGGAAAUAAUAGUAAAUAAAUUUAUUGGAAAUUGGAAAAAUAAUAAAAAAAAUGGUUUAGGUUUUAACAUUUUUUUUAAUAAAAACAUUUUCUAUGGAUAUUAUGAAAAUGAUUUAAGAAAUGGAUGGGGAUAUUUUGAAUGGAAAAAUAGUGGAUCAAAAUUUGAAGGUUAUUGGUUAAAUAAUUUUAUUAAUGGUAAAGGAAUAUAUAAAAAUAAAAAUUUUACUUACGAUGGAGAUUUCUACAAUAAUAAAUUCAUAAAUUCAUGUGGUGAAUGGAUAAACAUUUUUGAACUGGAAGAAAACAAUAAAAUUCAAACAAUCAACAUGAUCACCCCAAACAAUAUACAUUUAAUUUUAUUACCAUUUGAUUUCAUAAAAGUUCAUUUAAAAAUGAUUGCUAAUGUUAUUAAGUAUUCUUUCAACAAAAUUCCAUUUAUUAUGUGCUCUAAAAAAUUCAUUGAAAAAAAUAAAAAUUUCAAUUUAUCUAAAUUUGUAUUUUUAAGUUAUUAUUUUGAUUCUUCUGAGUUGUUACAAGAUUUUAACAGUGAGUUGUUUUUUGAUAAUUUUAAAAAUAUUAAUAAUGAGAAUAAAAAUAUAGAAAAUGUAGUAAUUCAGAAAUCAAGUUACGAGCAUGAUAAUUUAAACUCUUCUGAAUAUUAUACUGACUCUGAAAUUAAUAAAGAAUUACAUGGUUCAAAUCAUUCUAAUAAUUCUAAUAAUUCUAAUAAAUUUAAUAAUUCUAAUAAAUUUAAUGAUUCUGAUCAUUUAAAAGGCUCUUCUUAUGAAUCUGAUAAUUCAAAAAAUUCUAAUGAAUCUGAUAAUUCAAAAAAUUCUAAUGAAUCUGAUGAUUUUAAAGAAUUUAAUGACCCCAAUGUAUAUAAUAAUUUUUGUGAAUCUGAUAAUUCCAACAAUUCUUAUCAAAAUGUUAAUUAUUCUAAUGUUUCCAAUUAUUCUAGUGAUUCUAACGAUUCAUUUAAUUUUGAAUUAAGAAAAAAUAGAUAUUCAAAUAAUUCAAAUUUAAUUAAUUUGAAAAGUGUUUGCAUAAAUAGAAAUGAAAGUAUUGAAAGUGAAAUGAAAGAGUAUUUAAAAAAUGAAUGUAAAUCAAUCGAAUUAAAAGAUAAAGGCUUGAAUAAUUCUGUAUCAAAAAACAAUGAUAAUUUAAAAGAAGAAAAAAUUGAUCAUAUUUCUAUUAGUUUAGAAGAAAAAAGAAAACAUAAAAUGCACAAUUUAAUUAACAAUUAUUUAAAUAUUUAUUUAGACACUGAUGAUAGUUCAAGUAAUUAUUCUAUAAUUUCUAAUGAGAUACAAAAAUUAGAUAACAGUGGAAAUUCAAUGAAAAUAGAUAAAAAGGAAAAUGAUGAUGAGGAAAAAAACGAUAUAGAUAAAAAUCAAGAAAAACAUAAAGAGGAAGAAGAAAAAGAACAGAAAAAUGAAAGAAAAAAAAAGAAAACAAAUAAUAAAUAUGUAGAAAUAAUUAAAAAAAAUAGUAAAGAAUUCAAAUAUUUCUGUGUUAAUAAAAAAAUUGAAGAAGAACUAUCAAAAAUAAAAAUAGACAUUAGUCAUAUAAUAAAAAUUAUAAAUAUGAAUUUAACAUGUGAAUAUAUUAUUAAAAAAAAAAUAAAGAAUUCCUUGCUACAAAAAUAUCCAUUUAUUUUUAAUUUAAAUAUUAGCGAAAAAAAAAAUAAAUAUGAAAACAUAGAUAAUAACUUACUAUUAGAGAAUUGUAAUAUACCUGAAUUAUGGUUGGAUUUAAAGAACUAUUUUUGUAACAUUGCAACAAAACUACCUGAAGAAAUAUUAAGUCCUUUAUAUUUUGAUUUAAACAAUUUAUAUAAAAGCAUUAUAAGUUAUUCAAAAUUAGAAAAAAAAAAUAUGAAUGAUAACUUGAAUGAAAAUAAAUUUUGUGAAAAUUUUAGUUUUAAUUUUUUUGUUAUAACAGAUUUAUUAGUUGAUGAAACAACAGAUAUUCAUAAUUUAAAAAAUUUAAUAAAAAAUAGAUUUAAUAAUUAUUCAUAUUUAAACAGUUUAUUUUUUGUUAUAAUUGAAUAA